AUGCAACUGUCCGACUUUCCGGCCUGCGCGCUGUUCGAGCAGCAAAUCGUGGACGACACGAUCCGCGUGCGCUACCACGGUCCCCGACGGGCCGCUGGCGCCCGACCAUCCGCUGCAGCACCGGCCUCUGAGCGUGCCGCUGACGCCUGA